AUGGUGUUGGACGACAAGAUUGAGAUUGUGACAAGAGUGAUUACGUUCUUCUUUCCGUAUGACUCGAAAGUUGAAGAAUACGAAAACACCGAAUGGUACCCUGGAGACCCCCGUGACUUCUCUCAAGGCCACCCCAAUGGCCAUGAGAUGUGGGGACACGGCCAAAUCGGUUGGUGGCAAAAAGACGAGAAAGGUUGGCACUGGUAUUGGGACGACGCGGAUAACAUGGACAGGACUACAUACCCACCGAAUAUGGUCAUGAGCACUACAACUCGAUCCCCGUUGUUGGUCACUUCCUCUCCUUCAACAGAAGUCAUGGAGACCUACAGCGACGCGUUGCUCUCAGUGAUCCUUGGCUUCUUUGCUCUACUCGUUUUGAUUGCUUUUGCAAGCAAUAUCCUUCUCGCUAACGUGAUUAAAAAGUAUCGUUGGGGUAUGAAAAUGGCGUUGCUCUUUCAUCUAUGCGUGACUGGCGCUCUCCUGAGUAUCACCAACUCGUUGCACCUGCUCGCCAGCGGAUAUCAUUUGUUGAAGCGGCAAAAGAACAGCUCCGUAGUGCUCCAAGCGUUCGCCAUCAUCGCUUGGAUCGACCAUGUCAUCGGAUUCGCCCUCCUCAUCUUCGUCAUGUACCUGGCCAUCUUCUGCUUCAAAUUCUAUUGGAACAACAAGGAUCGAAGCAUCGAGUGGGGUAGAUCAUACGUCCUCUACGCCGUCAUCUCCACCUGGGUUAUUGCUUUCUUGUUCGCCGGAUUCACCGCCUUCUUCCAGUGUGAUUCUCAUAUCAACACAACCAACCAGUGCAUUAAUAUCGUUUGCGCAGUGUCGAACAUCUUCUCGGUUGUCUUCACAGAGUUGCUGACCCGUGUCAGAGUGGUGAUUCCUAUCAUUAUAAUAUUGCUUAUAUUGCUGUCAGUGCGUGUCGGUUCAUCAACUGUCCGUCGAGAGAGUAUGGUGAAAGUGGAGGGCGCAGACAUUUAUGGAGAUCGAGAGUUGUUGUUGAUGUGCUCCAUGGUUUUCGGGAUCUAUGAGCUUGCCAUCAUCAUCCCACAAAUCCUAAUUUUCUUCUGCAUCUCGCCACUUCUCUCCAUCGCCGCCUGGCACUUCGGCGUCUUGUUCUCCACUCUCGCCACACCGAUCGCAGUGAUCUCAAUCAGUCGGAACACUCGCUCGCGCGCGAUUCUAUUGUAUUCGUGUCGUGGCGCGAAGGGAAAGAGCAUGCCGGCGGGAAGUUAUGCUCACACGGCAAAGAAGUAUCAUGAGAGUGUGGAGAGCAACAAGAACAACACGAAACGAAGAGAUUCUGGAGUCUCGUUCUUCUCGCAGGAGUCGUCGUCAAUCACUUCAAAGGAUUUUAAUCGGAAAUUGUCGAUGAUUGUUGAGGAGCCGGCUGGGAAGUUCUCGACGGUGGAGAAGGUUGAGGAGGUGAUGCCAGUAGAGUCGAUUCAUUCGAUUCAUGCUUCUCAUGCAGUGGUGCCGACGCCAACGUAUUCGAAGGCUCCAAAGUUGAAGAAUGUAGUCAGAGUCCAAUCCGCCGACCAAGUCGCCCGUAACACCGUCGACUACGAUCUCUCCAGACGCCGAAUGUCCCAUAACGACAUGCCACAAGUUGGGGAUACUGACAGACUUGCCAACAUGGUCUCCUCGAAAACCAAGAGAUUCAGUCUGGGAGGUCGUCCGACAGUCAACAUGAACCUACCUAAUCAUAUAUUUGUGCAUCAUAUUCAUCAUGAAAAUAAGAUUCGACCGAUGGACCCGAGUCCGAUGAUAAGCAUGGUCGAGUAG